UUCCUCUUUUCUUUUCCCUUUCAGUCCCCACCUUUAGCAAAAACCUUUCAGUGUUUAUCCUAAUUACUAAAGCACCAACCUUCUCCUUCACGAUUCUCUUUUAUUCCAAUACCAGUGAAGGGAAGGCCCUAUUUGUUUCCUCGAUACACUCAUUCGAAUGAGACACAUAAUGGAACCCAGCAUCCUAUGCAAGCACACAGUGCAUCACAGCGUUGUCAAGAAACUCCUUUCCCCCAAGAAGACUCUAACUAAUUCAAUAGAACGUAGAGUAGUCAGGAUAUCCGUCUCUGAUCCAGACGCCACCGACUCUUCCAGCGACGAAGAAUCACACUGCUUCCUCCGCCACAGAAUGAAGCGCUACGUCAAUCAGAUUGAAAUCGAAACCGCCGCCAAAAACUCCGCCGCUGCCCCUCGUAAGAGACCCGCCGGAGAUUCCUCUUCCUCCCGGCGCCCUGCCAAGGCCCUCGCCGCCACCAAUGGGAGGAAGUUCCGCGGCGUUCGCCAGAGACCCUGGGGAAAAUGGGCGGCGGAGAUUCGAGAUCCGUCGAGGAGGGUGCGCCUCUGGUUGGGCACCUACGACACUGCAGAAGAAGCCGCCAUGGUAUACGACAAUGCCGCUAUCAAGCUUCGUGGCCCUGACGCUUUAACAAACUUCAUCACGCCGCCGCAGAGGGAAAAAUCAUCGCCGGAGGAGGCUGUUUCCGAGCAAAAGCCAGAAAUGAAAGUCGAGGUCACCGCGGAAGCUUCGGCGUCCGGUUACGAUUCCGGUGACGAGCAGUGUCACAACCUUUCCUCUCCCACUUCGGUGCUCCAAUUCCGGAGCAACUCGAGCGAGGAGACAACGGAAUCCCAGAAACCGGUGGAGCCGGAGGAAACGAGCGAAGCGGAGGAAACGUGGGAAGUGUUCAGAGAGUGCCAAGGUGAGACGAGUCUCUUCGAUGAGACUGGGGAGUUUUUCCCUCUGGAAAUGCCUGCGUGUGACGAUCUUUUCAAUUUCCAAGCCCCAGAGUACCCUCUUUUGUUCGGAGAUGAAGCGCCUCAGAUGUUGGGCGAAACAAGUCCGCUUUAUUUAGACGAAGAUUUCAGUGACAACAUUGUUCUGGCCGAUUCCCUCAUAGAUUUCGACAAAGCCUGUUCUCCAUCGACGUUGUGCCAGGUGGACGAUUACUUCCAAGAUAUUUUGUUAGGCUCCGAUCCUUUGGUGGCUCUCUGA